AUGGCUUGGGGUUGGAUGAAGGCUUGGGCUAGGAAGGAAAUAGAACGGGCUUACUUUGCUAAACUAUGGGCUUGGGGGUUAGGACCUAGACUUGGGCUGGGGGAGAAAGAAGGGGCUCGGUUAAGGGUCUUCAAAGUUGGGGUUCUUGCAGGAGUAAAUGAUAAUCAAACAUAUAGAAUUCACGAUUAUAAUGAAAAUGUUGUUCAUGUGAUUAUUGAUAAUAGAACUAAUAGUAGUAAUGAAGGUGACAGAUUUGUGGAUGCUAAGGAAAUGGGAAGAAGAAACGCAGUAGCAUCUAAAUCACAACCCACUAAACCCUUAACAACCAAGGUCCCUGAUAUCUCCAAACAAGAAGAAAACAAAUCCCGGAAAUCCAAUUUCUUUUCCUCUGAUAAGAAUAUCUUUACGCUAUGUUUCGCAUUUCGAAUUGCCAAUUCUCUGCUGAUUCAAACUUAUUUCAAUCCAGAUGAGCACUGGCAAGCCCUUGAAGUUGCCCAUCGAAUUGUAUUUGGUUUGGAAACAGUUCUUACUUUGGUUGGUCUAUACUAUUGGCCCUGCAUGGGAGUUUCUUCCAGCAAAGCUCCCCUUGUUUCACGGAAGUGGGGUUUGGCUAUUGCAGCAUUAGCUUGUGCAAUUCGGCCAACAAGUGCUAUUACAUGGGUCUAUGUUGGCCUUCUUGAGCUAGCUGUUACACGUGAUAGAUUGAGAUUCCUUGUCUUGGAGGUGGUCCCCAUUGGGGCUUUGGUGAUUGGGCUUUCAUGUUUAUUGGAUCGUUUGAUGUAUAACUCUUGGGUCAUUGUGCCCGUUAAUUUCAUCAAGUUCAACUUUCUUUCAUCCGGCGGAGAUUAUUAUGGAACUCACAAGUGGCACUGGUACUUCUCUCAAGGAUUUUCAGUCAUGGUCUUCACAUUCUUACCAUUUUCAAUAGCUGGUUGCAUCAAGUCUAAAUGCUGGAAGCUUUCUGGCCUCAUUGCAUGGGUUUUAAUUGUUUACAGUAUUCUGGGGCAUAAAGAAUUCAGGUUUGUCUUGCCUGUGCUCCCAAUAGCUUUGAUGUUCUCUGGAUAUUCGUUAGCUGCGAUGGCAAGAUCUGAUACUGAUAGUAGAAGAAAAGUUUCUCCAGACAGUCAUAUGAAAAGGCCUUCAAAAGUGGGAUUUGCCAUCUUCUUCUUGCUUGUCACCAACAUUCCGAUGGCAUUGUAUAUGAGCUUGGUUCAUCAGAGAGGAACUGAGGAUGUCAUGAUUUAUCUAUCCAAAGAAGCACAAAAUGACAAAGUGAAGAGUAUCCUGUUUCUAACGCCUUGCCAUGCCACACCUUACUACUCCACACUCCAUUAUGAUCUGCCCAUGCGUAUUCUGGAUUGUUCUCCAAGUGAAGAGAAAGGAAUUCCAGAUGAAUCAGACCGCUUCAUGAUGGAUCCUAUAAGAAGGUUUUUCCAUGCUCACUUCAAGGUGGACCGUGAUCUUCAAGCAUCAGUUGUUAAAAUGAUUCCUGGCUGUGAAGAGGCUGAUUUUGAAACCUUGUUUCAGAAGUGUAUUGAGCAUGUUAUGAAACUAAAAUUGCAAGUCCAUAUUCUUAAGAGUCUCCUACAGGUUUAUGAGAUUGAUUAG